AGUGACAUUCAUAACUCAUUCGUUAUCUGGUACACUUUCAUUAUCAUACUUUCGAGAGAUCAUAUUUUCGAGAGAUCUGAUAGUUUAGUCUGGCUUGGAUUUACCACUCCCAAUGAGUAAAAUUACUGUCGCACCGAGCAGGGAGGAAGUCCCCAGUCUCUCUGCUCUGGGUAUCAAGGCGCACCCGGAUGCUCUGACUCUUGCAUACGAUGACAACGCCCUGGCAGGCUCUUAUGGCGGUAAUGGUCUCAAGGAUCUUUUUGCCAGCAGGAUGGUUUUACUGGCCGCCAGCGCUGCAUGCAUUGGUGGACUCUUAUUUGGAUUUGAUCAGGGUAUCCUGUCCAUCUGUUUGACCAUGCCCCAGUUCCAAGAUCAGUUCCCAGAGACAAAUGCAGAGGUAAACCCACAAGCGAGUCUCAACAAGGGUAUCAUGACAGCAUUACUUGAGCUGGGUGCCUUUUUGGGAGCUUUCAUGUCGGGAUAUGUUUCGGACCGGUAUUCGCGAAAGGGAUCUCUAGCUUUUGGUAUGGUCUGGUUCAUUAUUGGAUCUGUCCUGCAAAGCGCUUCCUAUUCGUUUGCUCAGCUUGUUGUUGGGCGUUUCAUUGGAGGUAUCGGUAUUGGUGUGCUUUCUUCAACUGCUCCCACCUAUAUCAGCGAGAUUGCUCCCCCCAACAUCCGAGGUGCCCUGCUCGUCCUCGAACAAUUUUCCAUCGUUCUUGGCAUUGUGGUCAUGUAUUACAUUACAUAUGGAUCUCGAUACUUGUCCGGAGGUGGUUCGUUCCGACUGCCUUUUGCACUUCAGAUGUUUCCUUGUAUUAUCCUUGGAGGGUUCCUGUACCAACUUCCUUACUCCCCUAGAUGGCUGGCUCUCCGUGGUCGUGAUCAAGAAUGUCUGGCGAGCUUGUGUCGUCUCCGUCAGUUGCCUGAUACCGACCCUAGGGUUCAAGCCGAAUGGAUCACCAUCAGAGCAGAGGCCAUUCGUAACCGUGAGGUGCUCGUUAAGGCGCAUCCAACUAUGACCGACAAGUCGACCAAAUCGGAAUUCAAGCUCGAGCUCGCGAGUUGGGUCGACAUGUUCAGAGUCGGAAGUAUACGACAGACGAUGAUCGGUAUUCUACUCAUGUUCUUCCAGCAGUUUGUGGGCAUCAACGCUCUUGUCUACUAUGCUCCGACACUGUUCGAACAGCUAGGACUUGAUUACGAGCUUCAACUUACCCUCGCGGGUGCCUUGAAUAUCGCACAGCUUGUCGCUGUCGUCGCUGCCUUUUUCCUUCUUGACAAAUUUGGCCGCAAAGUUUUCCUUAUCGUCGGUGCCAUCGGUCUUACAGUUUCUCAUUCCGUUGUAGCGGCCAUGAUCGGAACCUAUGGUGACAACUGGCCGGCUCACAAGGGUCCUGCUUGGGUGGGUGUUGGAUUCAUCUUCGGUGUCAUGAUCUUCUACGGUAUCGGUUGGGGUCCCGUCCCUUGGGCCAUGCCUGCUGAAAUUCACGCCUCCAGUCGCCGUGCCAAGGGUGUCGCUAUAACAACCUGCUCCAAUUGGCUGAACAAUUUUAUCAUCGGCUUAAUCACUCCUCCCCUCAUUUCGGGCACCAAAGGAUACGGGGCAUUCAUAUUCUUUGCCAUCUGGUCUCUCUUGGCUUGCCUUUGGUCCGUCUUCUUCGUACCUGAAACCAAAGGUCGUACCCUUGAGCAGAUGGACGCCGUGUUCAAAUCUCGAACUGCAAUUGAGGAUGCCCAAGCAAGGGAUGACAUCCUGCAAAUUGUCUGCAAAGAGGCUCUCAACUCAAUUAACAACCCCAGACAGGUUCCUAAGAUGGAGAUCGAGAUGUUGGAAAACGUGGACGAGAAGAAGAGUGGUACGCCAAGUACCAUAAGCCAGGUGUAAAAUAGGAUUUGGAGUUUGAUAAGGGGGGAUGACCUCAGAAAAGGCGAUCUAAACCCGGAGGAUCGUCACCAAACCUUCCCGCGUUUGUCCAUCGGUGUCCUGUUCUCCGUUAAGUUGGCCCUGGAAUUGGAUGAAGGACUUCAAAAUUAAUGGGAAGUUAUGUAAGGAGAGAAUAAGUAACGGUUAAAUGAGAUAGAGAGUAGAUG